AUGAACUCAUUGUUAGUUUUUUUCUUGAUUUUUGGCACUUUUGUUAACCACAAUGUGAAUGGAUCCUACCAAAAUAACACCAGUCAAAAUAGUUAUGGUGGAACAAAAGGUUAUCAAAGUGGAGGUCAGAGCUGGAACCACCCAAAUCCCAGUAGUGGAAAUGGAUAUCAAGGAUAUGGAAAUCAAAGAACAUCCAAUCCAAGUACCAAUGUAGGAUAUACAGGAACAUAUAAUACUGGUAUAAAUAGAAAUCCUAGUUCAAUUUCUCCUAGUAACGGAGUAUAUGGAAAUGGAAGACAGACAUAUCCAUCAAGUGCUAACGGAGAAUAUGCAAACUUUGGUCAAUCAAAACCAAAUAACACUAACACUUUUCAUAACGGAAGGCCAAUUACUGGUAAUACCGGAAUCAGAUAUCCUAAUAAUAUGAAUUAUGGAAAUAGAAAUCAGUUUAAUCACAACCCAAACGGGGUUUAUGGAACUCCUGCACCACAAUCACCCAAUUACAGUGGAGUGACAAAUAAUGGAAGAAUUGGACAUUUCAAUCAGUUCAGACCAAAUAACACUGGAUAUAAAAAUGGGGUUUCAAGUUCUGGCAACAUUGGUGGAUAUGGAAGUGGAGGCCAGACUUAUCCGAAUAAUGGUAGGUUUGGUUACAAUGGCCCAAUCAAUCCAAACCCAGCCCAAGGAAAUACUCAACAAUUCAGUCUGAACAAUAAUAAUAUGUAUGGAAAUGGAAGGCAAUUUGGAAAUCCUCACGGAGGAAUUGGUGGAAGUCAUCCUAAACCAAACAUCACUUCAUUUCCCAGUAAUGCGUUUGGAGUAAAUAGAGAUUGGCAGAAUGGAAAUAGAGGGCAAUCUACAUCUGGUAAUACUGGAAGAUAUGGUAAUAUUGGCCAGUUUGGAUCCAGUCCAAAUAAUGGACAUAACAGAGAAUAUCAAGGGAGUAAGGGAGGACUGUAUCCCAAUCUUCAUACACCAUACAACGGUUGA